AUGGCGACAGCUGGACCAAGCAGCAGUAAUGACAGCCGGAGCGAGAGUAGUAACAAUGCCUCAGGUGGAGCAGAGGGAGGAGAAGACACAACAGAUAACUCAAACUUUGAAUGCAAUAUCUGUCUAGACACUGCAAAGGAUGCUGUUAUAUCUAUGUGUGGUCACCUGUUCUGUUGGCCCUGUUUGCAUCAGUGGUUGGAAACAAGACCAAAUAACCAAACGUGUCCAGUGUGUAAAGCAGCGAUAUCACGUGAGAAAGUAAUUCCAUUGUAUGGCAGAGGUUCAGGAAAUCAACAAGAUCCAAGGGAUAAACUACCUCCCCGUCCUCCUGGUCAGCGGACGGUGACCAGAAACCUCAGAAUGGUUAUAUGCAGGUUUGGCUUUGGUGAGGGAGGUGGUUUCCAGUUCCACUUUGGUAUUGGUGCCUUUCCUUUUGGAAUCUUUACAACAUUUAAUAAUUGGGGUGGCGGUGCAGGAGUCCCUCCUGCUCCAGGUACACAGCAGUAUCAAGAGGAGCGGUUCCUCUCCCAAGUGCUGAUGGCAAUGGCCCUUCUAUUUCUGUUCUGGCUGAUACUUGUUUAAACUGUAAAAAUGUUGAUAGAUACUGUGGUUCAUUGGUGAUCACAUUAUAUAUGAACUACAGAAUUUUCCCCUUGUGUACGAUAGGCAUGAUGAGUACUAUAUAAUUUUCUUUGUCACAUAUUUUGUUAAAGUGUGAAAUGCACUUGUUCUCUCCCAUUCAGUCCAAUAAAAUAAGUAAAUAUAUACUUCCUGUUUUUAUAGUGAUGGACUUUUAAGUACACAUUUACUUCCUCUUUUUAUAGUGAUAGACUUUGUAAAACCGUCGCGCCGCGCGUCAUAUUUUUGAGACAUUUGAUAAAGAUUGUAUCUAUUUAAACAAUGAAGAGCUUUUCCUGCAUACUCAUAUCAAAGAUUCCUAGGAUAUAUUUAGUAGGAUUUAUACGAAGGUAGCUUUCAGACUAAUCAAGUACCAAGUCCAGUGUACAUUUUAGGGUUUAUUUGUCUGGUUCCUGGAAAGGAGCGAGUGAUAUUUGCUAUGAAGGGUUUUACCAGUGCUUUUUGUUAUAGUUUUGAGCUGCGUAUAUUCUCAUGCUGAUGUGUAAUUGACAUCUACUGAAACAUUUGGUUUUUUAUUAAGCAAUACAUUAUUGUACCUUUAAUGUUCAUGAUGAAAAUUAGUACUACUGUAUCUUGCUACAGCACUGUGCAUAUUUUGAACUAGUAUGUGCUUUGGUAAAAUAUAUAUGUUAUUUGGCUUUGUUGUCUUAUGCUUUCUUUAGCUUUUAAAUAUGAACUCUUUCCAGUAAUUAUUACAAUGUAAUGCUGCUAUGGUAGUUUUUGAGAAGAUUCAUUUCCAUGAAAAAAUCCAAGUACUUGCUCAUCAUUUUCCAGAAUUAGAUAAUCCAAAACUAUCCUUAUUUUAUUUUGAAGACAAAAUCCAAGAGAUCAUGGAGUUGUCAAAUUUUACUUGCUGUCUUAAAAUUGUUAACUUUGUUGCUUACUAGUACUUUACCAGGUUUUGCAUUUUAAAUUUCAUGCUGCACAUGUUUGCUAUCAAGGCUCUGAAAGUAAUCUAGGAGUAAGUACUACCAGCAUGGUGUAGGUUUUUCUUUAUGGUAUCAUAGAAGGCACUUUAUUAUACAGUUUCUAGAAUGUUAAGAUUAUUGGAGUACAGUAUUUAUACCCAGAUAUUUUCCAUUAGGACGGCUUUGAGUUUCUAGUAUUAAGAUCAUGCCUUCAUUUAUGCUUGUGAGAUUAUAGAAUAAGAUCCUGCCUCCAUUUAUUCUAUGCAAUUAUGAAUUGUUUUGUUGGAAAGAUAUUUUAUUUAUUGUUGUAGUUAGUUUUCUUCACUGUCUGGUUUUCUCCUGUCCCCUCAUAUCCCUGUGAAACAUAGAAAUACAAACUUUUAUUUCUUUGUGUCAAUAGAAAAGCAUCAUGGAGAGGGAAAACAUCGCAAACGGUAUUUUCUUGUUGAUGGGAAGAGAUAUUAGAUGAAUUGUUCCUCAAGAUGAGAUGUCAUCAUUGUUCAUGUAAAUUCAAACUAACAUUAUUUUAUUCUUAGGGGUUUUACAAUGUAAAUUGUCUGUCACCUCGUAAGUUGCCAAUGAAAAUGGCCUCUGGGAAGUCAAGGAUCAGGAAGUUAUUUCCAGAAGUUGAUAAUAGGUUUUCAGUGAAGAAUGAACAAUCUACCCAGGAAGUUGUGGUGACAACUACUUUGUAGAUCAGUAUCUCAGUGAGGUUCGAUAUAUAGACCAGAAGUCAUUUUAAUUGCUUCAUGAGAAGAAAGGAAAUCUCUCCAGAAACUUUUAUCUGUAAACUUGUAAAUAAAAGAAUCAGAGCCACCAUCAAAUCAUUUCAGUUUUUCCUAAAGGAUUUUGAAGGAUUUGAUACAGCAAAAUCAGUCACUUUGGAUUUCUUGUUCCAGUUUUGACCCUUCUUUAAGGAUUAUGUAAUCUUUGAAACUAUAGAAAUUUGGCUUGUGAUAAUUGUAAGCUUCAAGUACUUACUUUAGUCCACCAGAGUGAAGAAGUGGAUUUGAUAACUUUUUAUGAAGCAAAAAGUACUUAAUUGAUUUAAAAAGGACAAACUCCCUUUAUAUGUUGUGAGCAUACUUUAUAUGUAAUUAAAAAUACUAUAUUUGAGAAUGGCUGAUAAUCUCCCCUCCCACCAAACAAAAACAAAAUAAUGUAUGUUGGAUGGCUGCAACUGAAUAUAGUUUGAUAUUUUUUAUGAGAAUUGUAUUGAAUCAUUGAGAAGUUCAGAUUUUAUACAUGUACAUUAAAAUUACUGGUUUUCUUUCUAAUUUACAUGCAUAAUUCAAGAUAGUGAAGGUUUUACAGAUCAUAGUGUGAAGAUAAGAAAUGCGGAAAACUUUUUGGGGACUGAAUUACAAUUAGCAGAGAAGAAACCUGAGGUUUAUUGAAACUAUGGACAGAAACGAGAAAUCACAAUUGGAACAUGCAAAAUUGUCGGCAGACUUGAUUUUUAUAGAGGUUAAUGACUUGAUUAAUCCAGUCAAGACACUCGUUUGACAGGGUUGAAGUGUUCAAUAUUACAUGGUUUAUUGUUUUUGUGAUAAAGUCAUAUUGAACAUGUAUAAAUUACUUUUUUAUUUCUGAUAAUCUGGAUUUUUUUUAUGUAUAUCAAGCCUCAGAACAUAAGCAAAAAAAAAAUUGUCUAAAAAUGAAUACUCUGCACAUUAAUCAUGCCCUGUUAACACAUUACAUUUUUUAUUAUUUCUAACAAAUACCGUUUUAUUUUAUUUUCAUUAUAUUUAAUCAGCAAAGUGCUGUUUUGAGAUCAAUAAUUGAUGCUUCUGACAUAAAUUCUUUGGUACCGGGCUGUCAGAUAUCUUGUGACUAAACAUUUAUGUAAAGGAGAGAUGAGUAUGCGUAUACGUAGUUUAACGGUGAAGUUAUGCUUAGGAAAAGCAUCGGUAUUUACUGCAUAAUUUCAAAUAGUAAAGGCCCUCAUCUGUUUCAUUUCAUGUGUAAUGUUUGUAAAGUAACAACAUUUAAAAUAUACCGGUAAGUGCAUGAAAAUAAUGUAUUGCAUUUUUCUCACUUUUAAGUUCUUCAGUCUUUUCUUUUCACUGAUUUGUAUUCAAGGAGAAUUGUAAAUUACUCUCAAGUCAGUGAUAAUGUUUGUGCAAUAAGUUAUAUAUGAGAGUUUAGCUCUACUUAUCACUUUUGUUUUUCAUUUUUGUUUUUUGUUUGAGAAGAGGAGAGUUGUUAAAUUACUGGACUAAGGUACUUGUUAAAUAAUAAUUACCUACUGAAGAUAGGUUUCAGCUUCUCUCAUACACUCCUGUACACUACUGUAAAAAAACAUCUCUUUUUGUAUGUGGUAAAGGUCUAGAAUAGAUUCAUGUAACAUUUCCGGUGAGAUGAGGAACUAUCAGCGAUACCAUGUGUUCAGGUAACCACCAGACUUAAGCAAAUUAUGUGUACUACUUACUUAGAAUUUUCAUAUUGUUUUACCCAAAUCUUGUAUUUAUUGUUACCCUUGCUGAAUUUAGCCGGCUUUUCGUAUGCCCUUUUCAUGGAAGGAAGUAAUGCAUUGCAGUAUGUUUUGGUGGUGUGCAUUAGUGGAACUUUUUUGGGGGGAGGAUUACUUUUCUUUUUUUUCUUUUUGCAAGGAUUAGUUGUACUAUAUGUUCCAGAGUAAAUCUCACAUAGAAAAUUGUAGCUUUUUUCAUGACCAAUAGUUUGUGAGGUGAGUAGUUCAUCAUUAUUUUCUGUCAUUUGGCUUGAUAAGUUGUAUAUAAUUGUUAAAGUAUGAUAUGCAUUGUUGAGAAUGGGGUAAAUACAUAAAUUUCAGUUACAAAAAUGAGAUAUAAAUCAUGCAGAUCUUACUCCUUUGUUUUUCCAAUUGUUUCUUUUGUUUGCAAUAAUAUGGCAAUGUAUUUAUGCUACUGUAUAUAUAUUAUCCUUUCUCCAGUUUAGUAUUCCUUUGUUAUCUUGAACAUUAUAAAAACUUUCAUGUUAGAUUGCUCCUGACCUGGUAUUGGAUGUACUUGUAAAUUUAUGUAUGUUAUGGAUAAGUGUAAAUACUAUAUUGGUAAAAUGAAUAAAGGAAUGUAAUUUU